GCCUUUACUGAUACCAAAUGAUUGAUCAGUGAUGCUGCAAAGAAUCAAGUUGCAAUGAACCCCACCAACACAGUUUUUGAUUUCAAGCGUCUGACUGGAUGUAGGUUUGAUGAUGCUGUUGUCCAAUCUGAUAUGAAGCUUUGGCCCUUCGUGGUGGUGAAUGAUGCAAGCAGGCCCAAGGUCCAGGUAGAAUACAAGGGAGAGACAAAAAGUUUCUAUCCAGAGGAAGUGUCAUCUGUGGUACUGACAAAGAUGAAGGAAAUUGCAGAAGCCUACCUUGGGAAGACUGUUACCAAUGCUUUGGUCACAGUGCCAGCUUUCUUUAAUGACUCUCAGCGCCAAGCUACCAAAUAUGCUGGAACCAUUGCUUGUCUCAAUGUACUUAGGAUUAUCAAUGAGCCAACUGCUGCUGCUAUUGCUUAUGGCUUAGACAAAAAGGUUGGAGCUGAAAGAAAUGUGCUGAUCUUUGACUUGGGCAGUGGCACUUUUGAUGUGUCAAUCCUCAUUGUUGAGGAUGGAAUCUUUGAGGUCAAAUCUACAGCUGGAGAUACCCACUUGGGUGGAGAAGAUUUUGACAACCGAAUGGUCAACCAUUUUAUUGAUGAGUUCAAGAGCAAGCAUAAGAAGGACAUCAGUGAGAAUAAGAGAGCUGUCCGACACCUCCAUACUGCUUGUGAACAUGCUAAGCAUACUCUCUCUUCCAGCACCCAGGUGAGUACUGAGAUUGAUUCUCUCUAUGAAGGAAUCGACUUCUAUACCUACAUUACCCUUGCCUGGUUUGAAGAAUUGAAUGCUGACCUGUUCCGUGGCACCCUGGACGUAGUAGAGAAAGCCCUCGACAAGUCUCAGAUCCAUGAUAUCGUCCUGGUGGGUGGUUCUACCUGUAUCUCCAAGAUUCAGAAGCUUCUACAAGACUUUUUCAAUGGAAAGGAGCUAAAUAAGACCAUCAACCCCAAUGAGACUGCUGCUUACGGUGCAGCUGUUCAGGCAGACAUCUUAUCUGGAGAUGAAUCUGAAAAUGUUCAAGAUUUGCUGCUCUUGGAUGUCACUCCUCUUUCCCUUGGUAUUGAAACUGACAGUGGAGUCAUGGCUGUCCUCAUCAAGUGCAAAAAUACCAUUCCUACGAAGCAGACCCAGACCUUCACUGCCUAUUCUGACAACCAGCCCAGUGUGCUCAUUCAGGUUUAUGAAGGUGAGUGUGCCAUGACCGAGGAUAACAACCUGCUGGGCAAGUUUGAACUCCCAGGCAUACCUCCUGCACCCCCUGGUAUUCCUCAGAUUGAAGUCACUUUUGAUAUUGAUGCCAGUGGCAUCCUCAACAUCUCUGCUGUGGAUAAGAGUACAGGAAAGGAGAACAAGAUUACCAUCUCUAACGACAAGGGCCGUUUGACCAAGGAAGACAUUGAACGGAUGGUCCAGGAAGCUGAAAAGUACAAAGCUGAAGAUGAGAAGCAGAGAGACAAGGUGUCAUCUAAGAACUCACUUGAAUCCUAUGUAUUCAACAUGAAGGCAAUAAUUGAAGAUGAGAAACUUCAAGGCAAGAUCAACGAUGAGGACAAACAAAAGAUUCUUGACAAGUGUAAUGAAAUCAUCAACUGGCUUGAUGAGAAUCAGACUAUAGAGAAGGAAGAAUUUGAACAUCAGCAGAAAGAGCUGGAGAAAGUCUGCAGCCCCAUCAUUACCAAGCUAUACCAGAGUGCAGGAAGCAUGCCAGGAGGAAUGACUGAUAGCUUUCCUGGAGGGAGAGCUGCUCCAUUUGGUGGUGCUUUCUCAGGGCCCACGAUUGAAGAGGCUGAUUAA